AUGAACCCAGUAGACGACCAUCACAGAAAAUAUUGCGGCUCCAAACUUCUAUACGACAAAUUCAGGAUCAGACAGCCUGUCUUUCUACAACGAAACCUGAGAAAAGUUCUCGAUCACCAUGAACACAGUCUGAACACUUACAAUAAUCCCUCGACGAACGCUACCUCGGAAUUGGCAGCGACAGAUAUGCUCUCCAACAAUGAACAUCCACGACUUCUUCCAAGCAUGAAAAUGCUGUCAGCAGCCACCAAACCUACACAGCAAACACUCAGAGCUCUUCCAAUGAGCAUUGUCAAGAAACGAUGGGACUCUAAUGGUCAACAGGUGUCAGCAUUACCGAUGCCAGUUGCCAAGCCAGUGCCAUCUGCAACUCCGUGGCUUCCUGUCCCCAACCAAGUUCAGAUAAAAUGCAAUAUGUUUUGUAGCAUCCAUGCUUAUGAUGCUGAGAAUGACAGACUCGGCGCCCAUCUGCAUACCGAAUCGCAUCUGGCUACCCUGACUGGCGUCGAAGAUGACAAAGGCGAUAUUGACUUUGCCAUUGACACGAAGCCUUUCAAAGUCACCGAAAGUCAGAUGCUAGCAAACCACAGCAGCGGCAGAAGAUGGAGAACAAAACCUCAUCCUGAGACUGUUCUCAGUUUCGCUAUCGAAUGCUUCAACUCUGAGCAUGCCUCCCAACUUCUUUCUGUGAUUGAUCCGGACAGCAUAGGGACAACUCUGUCCCCAACACAGGCUCAGCUAAGGGCGCAUUGGAAGAGGCUAUCUCAUGAGCCCAACAACCAAGCACCGCGUGCCGACGUCAAGAAUCUAGUCACCAAGUCAAAUGGAACUCCGCUAGCUAUAUGCAACCACAUCAUGCAGGUGCUCGCCCCUAGAAUCCGUCGCAUCACUUAUGUUUUUGAUGGUGGUCCGAUAGGAUCGAGAAGUGUUAUCUGCACCAACUUCAACUGUGUCUUCUGUCCGGACCGUCUGCCUCAUCCAACAUUCGACAGACUUCAUUUCCAUUAUUUGAGCUUCCAUGAUCAUUUCACCUUCAAGGUGCAUAAGCCGGCAACGACAGACUCUGAUUUGGUUGCUCGCACAGUAUUCAUCGAACUCGCGACACCAAAGUACGAGCGAGCUAGCGAUAACGUGUGCGAUGAGCGGGAAAUCACUUGGAUCCAGCCCAAGAUCCCUUUCGAUCUCCAACAAUAUCUCUCCGAAGGCGGUAAUAAUGUCUGGGCUAGUGGUAAACAGUUGCCUCUUAGGACCUUCCCCAAGACUGCUAAACCAAGCUUCAUGUUCAAGGGAGUGGCGCGCACAAAGACAUUUUCUACCAACGGACAAUCAAUAUUUACGCCAUCGGACCGCCAGCCAAAGGUGGGUCCGCCUGCAGAGGUCAAAGAGGUACCGUCAAGAAAGCGAAAGAGAUACCUGGUCCCUGACAUCCUGGAUGUCACCAUAUUUCGUGCAGAGUCUAAACGCGAGGUAAAGCCCGGCGAAAGACUCAGCGAGAGCGAUGCUGAGCCUGAUGACACAUGGCUUCGAAUCAAGCACGGAAUAGAGGAUUUUCCUCAGCUCACCGGUGCAGCGAGACAAUUUGCAGAUCUCUUCGAUGGUCACUUGCUACAAGAUGAGCCAAGAAAUCUGGCGAACGUACAUAUUGGUGAAGCAGUCGUUCGUUUCGUGCGGAGGUUUACAGUUCAAUUACGCCAACCACAUCUGCGACAAGAACUCAAACUCAAACUUGACGAACUCAGGGAAAUGGAUCUGAUCUCAGACGAAUACGUUGAUUAUUGCCUCGCCUUGGUCGCAGAACGAGAGCAAGGACACAUCAACGGUGGCCCUGCGAUCAAAGAAGAGUUUCCAUCUCAACAUAGUCGCGUCCCACCAUCAACUAACUUGCCUGGUCAUAACGCGCUGGACAUUAUCAUGAUUGACGACAGUGAUUCUGAACCUGGCGCUGAGGUUUCUCCAGCAACAUUUCCACAGACGAAGGACGACGAUACAGACAUGCAAGAUGCUGUUUACCAUGCACCAAAUGUCUGCGUGUGCGGCAAAGUGGCUUUGGGCUCACACAAGGUCAUCAGCUGUCAAAACAUCCAUUGCCCACGCACUGAGUUUCAUAUGGCUUGCGUUGGUCUUCGGAAACGAAUACCCGAUUGGCGAUGCGAGGAUUGUAAAACCGAGACGAAUUAA